AUAUGAAUGUGACACCAUCAGAUGGCUCAGCAGUUGAGCACGGAGGAGAACCGUAUGUGUGUGAUCACGUGAAGAAUGAGGAGGAUGAAGUUCCUAUAAAUAUGGCUACAGAUGAAGAUAACGCUGAUAUAGUGAAAGUCGAGAUAACAGAAGAUCUGUGUGUGAGGCAUCAGCUGGAAGCACCAGAUGAGGAAAGCAGUGACAGCAUCAGCCCAGGCCGUAUGAAUGUGACACCAUCAGAUGGCUCAGCAGUUGAGCACGGAGGAGAACCGUAUGUGUGUGAUCACGUGAAGACUGAGGAGGAUGAAGUUCCUAUAAAUACAGCUACAGGUGAAUUUGCAAACUGCAGUAAUCCUAGUCCUAGUCAUGUUGAAACUACAGAUACUUAUUUUAAUCUUCUUCAAAAUCAAAGAAGCAAAGUGGGAAAUUUGUGCUCUGAAUAUGGGAAAUCAAAUCUUUCAAGACAGCAGAAAAUGCAUACAGGAGAUAAAGCAUUUUCAUGUUCUGAAUGUGGGAAAUGUUUUGCUAGGGAAUCAACUCUUAUUACACAUCAGAAAAAUCAUACAAGAGAGAAAGCAUUUUCAUGUUCUGAAUGUACGAAGUGUUUUGCUGAGAAAUCAACUCUUAUUAAGCAUCAGAAAAUUCAUACAGGAGAGAAAGCAUUUUCAUGUUCUGAAUGUGGGAAGUGUUUUGUUCUGCAAUCACAUCUUUUUAGACAUCAGAAAAUUCAUACAGGAGAGAAAGAAUUUUCAUGUUCUGAAUGUGGGAAAUGUUUUGCUCAGAAAUCACAUCUUACUACACAUCAGAAAAUUCAUACAGGAGAGAAAGCAUUUUCAUGUUCUGAAUGUGUGAAGUGUUUUGCUGAGAAAUCAACUCUUAUUAAGCAUCAGAAAAUUCAUACAGGAGAGAAAGCAUUUUCAUGUUCUGAAUGUGGGAAAUGUUUUGCUGAGCAAUCAACUCUUAUUCAGCAUCAGAAAUUUCAUACAGGAGAGAAAGCAUUUUCAUGUUCUGUAUGUGGGAAAUGUUUUGUUCUGCAAUCACAUCUUUUUAGACAUCAGAAAAUUCAUACAGGAGAAAAAGCAUUUUCAUGUUCUGAAUGUGGGAAAUGUUUUGCUCAGAAAUCACAUCUUACUACACAUCAGAAAAUUCAUACCGGAGAGAAAGCAUUUUCAUGUUCUGAAUGUGGGAAACGUUUUAUUUGGAAAUCAUAUCUUAGUAAGCAUCAGAAAAUUCAUACAGGAGAGAAAGCAUUUUCAUGUUCUGAAUGUGGGAAAUGUUUUGCUGAGAAAUCAACUCUUAUUCAGCAUCAGAAAUUUCAUACAGGAGAGAAAGCAUUUUCAUGUUUUGAAUGUGGGAAACGUUUUAUUUGGAAAUCAUAUCUUAUUAGGCAUCAGAAAAUUCAUACAGGAGAGAAAGCAUUUUCAUGUUCUGAAUGUGGGAAAUGUUUUAUUUCAAAAUCACAUCUUAUUAGGCAUCAAAAUAUUCAUACAGGAUAGAAAGCAUUUUCAUGUUUUUAAUGUAGGAAAUGUUUUCCUAAGAAAUCAACUUAUAAAACAUAAAAAAAAAAUACAUACAGGAGAGAAAGCAUUUUCAUAUGCUGAAUGUGGGAAGUGUUUAGCUCUGAAAUCAGAUCUUAGUAGACAUCAGACACGUCUUACAGGAGAGAAAGCAUUUUUAUGUUCUGAAUGUGGGAAAUGUUUUACUAUUAAAUCAAAUCUUAUUAGACAUAAAAAAAAUCAUACAGGAGAGAAAGCUUUUUCAUGUUCUGAAUGUGGGAAAUGUUUUGCUAGGAAAUCAACUCUUAUUUCACAUCAGAAAAUUCAUACAAGAGAGAAAGCAUUUUCAUGUUCUGAAUGUGGGAAAUGUUUUAUUUCGAAAUCAUAUCUUGUUACACAUCAAAAUAUUCAUACAGGAGAAAAAGCAUUUUCAUGUUUUGAAUGUGGGAAAGGUUUUGCUCAGAAAUCAAAUCUUAUUACACAUCAGAAAAUUCAUCAAAUGCAAAAUGUCUAGCUCACUCCCUGAUAUCAAUCCUAUGCCCACUGAUAGUGCCUGCUGACACUUAAAAUGCAUCCAUAAUAAAUAAAAGCAUGCAGCAACA